AUGCCGCACGGGGAGACAGCAGCAGCAGCGCAGGCCGGCGGCGAGCAGGCCGCCGAAAGCGGCACCUGCGCGUACACGAACUCGAGUGCCCAGAGCGCAGCCGGCGGCUCCAAGGUGGCGGUGGUGGGCGCCGGCUUCCUGGGCAAGUGCAUCGCCAUCGACCUGUCACUGCUGGGCGUGCAAGUGCUCGUGUGCGAUACGAACCCGCAGACCGGCGACGCGUUGUCCUCCUACGCGUACGAGCUGCUGCACCCGCUGCUGUACCUGGGCUACGUGACCAAGAGCAUGCUGACGCAGGCAUGCGGCAACAUCACGGUCGUCUCGGACGUGGCUCAGUGUGCCGAUGCUGUCAUUGUUAUCGAAGCGGUGAGAAGGGAGUGCCACUUGAGGAGGACGAAAGUGUCCUCCUGUGGCAGUUACAAGGCUGAUGAAGUUUUGGUUGCCCUACAGAUUCCAGAGAACUUGGAGGCCAAGGUGAAGCUCUUCAAGACGCUCGAGCAGCACUGCUCAGCCUCGACCAUCCUGGCCACCAACACGAUCGAGCUCCCCAUCGACUCGAUUCAGAUGCACCUGCAGCACCCGGACCGCUUCUUGGGCAUGCGCUUCUUCUACCCAUGCGUGCUGAUGUCUCCGGUUGAGCUCACCACGGGCACAUCAACGUCGCAGCGCACGGUCGACCGCAUCGUAGCGUUCCUGCAGCGGCUGGAGAAGCUGCCGCACCGCGGACCGACCAAGCGAGUGCUCACCAGCCAGGAAGCGAGCGCCUUCCAGUUCGACACGGCUGUGCGUGGCAACUUUUACCACGGUUUGCUCGAGCCCAAGCGCUCGACGUCCUUGGACGACAUCAUCACCCCUCAACCCGGUCCGCCGCUUGUCGGACCCAACUUCAACGCUGAUACGACGUCACUUUAG